AUGACCCGGAAAGAUUAUUUUAUGAACGACAUUUUGCUUAUAGUCGUAUUAAUCGUUUCCACCGAUGGACUAGUAAUAGGCAAAUCCGCCAAGAGCAAAUGCGACGGUGAACUCGGCUGCCUAAACACGGGCGGCUUCUACGGCACCGUACGACGCCUCGCCAAAGUGCUUCCGUGGGACCGCCAACAGAUCAAGACCAAGUUCUUGUUUUAUACGCGGGAGAACAGGGACAAACCUGAUCAGAUCCUCUGGAAUUCCUCGGCCGAAGACAUUCGAAGCGUGCACUUCGACCCCAAAGCGGAAACGAAGCUCUAUGCGCAUGGGUACAUGCAAAUAGACAGGCCUCCAGAUUUGGCCAUUUCCGCAGUAAAAGAGGCAAUCCUCGAAGCGGGGCCCUACAACUUUAUAGUCGUUGACUGGUCUAAAGGGAGCAUCCUGGGCUAUCUUCAAGCAACGGCAAACACUCGGGUGGUAGGAGAUGAAAUUGCGCAACUUAUUACCACACUGCAAGAUGUAUUUGAGAUAAAACCAGAGAGCGUCCACAUCAUUGGACACAGUCUUGGAUCCCACAUUGCUGGCUAUGCUGGAGAGCGUCUAAACACAUUGGGCAGGAUUACGGCAUUGGAUCCCGCAGAUCCGUUUUUUGAAGGACUCUCUGCAAACAUCCGCAUCGACGAUACGGACGCACUUUUUGUGGAAGGUAUUCAUUCUGACGGCAGAAAGUGGUUGCCAACCAUCAAUACAGGUUUGGGCAUGAUGGAUCCGAUUGGACACAUCGACUUUUACCCAAACGGUGGCCUGUUCCAGCCUGGCUGCCGCACCAUGACUUUCAAGGGUGCCAGGAUAAAACACGGCGCCUUUCAAGCCGCGCGGGACGUCUUUGUCUGCUCGCAUGACAGGGCCAUGUUCCUCUAUGCUGACGCCGUGGCGGCUGAAAAACGAGACGGUCCCCAACGAUGCCUGCACGUGGGCUACGCUUGCGACAGCUACGAUGAAUUUCUGGAAGGUCGCUGCGCUGACUGCGGGCCAGACGGGUCCCACUGCGCUGUGUUCGGCCUUGGCUCACCUAGAACCAAUGGAGGCAAACCCUUAAGACUGUACUUCAAGACUAACGAGAAAGAGCCAUAUUGUUUGCCCCACUACCACGUCGUGGUUGUCCUGGGUGACAUGUCAUCGACUGUCGACGGAAAGCUACAGCUCACUCUUUACGGAGAGGAUGAAGUGGCAGACUUGGACCUUUCUAAACGUGAAGAACAGUUCAACUCUCAAGAUGAGCUGACAUACAUGGCAACCACAGGAUCACACAUUGGCCCCAUAGUGGCAGGAGCCCUUCUGUUGAAAACCAAACAGGACACGGAUGAGCUCUCAGUAUCGUCCGUUCGAGUGUUCUACAUGAACGUUCUUUCCACGUCAGAAACCAAGGAAGCGUUGACGGUGAAGCUAUGCCCAGACGAGGGACAACUGUUGGCGAAUCAAGAGAUGAACUUGGAACUGUGCAGUGACAAUACUCCAACCGCGUCGACCGGUAGCGGUACCGGUACCGUAGGGGAUGCCGGUGACGCCGUAACAAUACCGGAGACGACCACCGCGCCAGAUGCGGACGCGACAACCUUACGGGUAGCAGAAGUGUCGCAGACGAGCACAGUGUUGUCAGACGUUACCACCUCCACAUCAGACGAAACCCCCUCCGUUAACGCCGUAACAAUACCGAAGACGACCACCGCGCCAGAUGCGGACCCUACAACCUUACGGGUAGCAGAAGUGUCGCAGACCAGUACAGUGUUGUCAGACGUUACCACCUCAGCAUCAGACGAGACCCCUUCCGUUGGCGCCGUAACAAUACCGGAGGUGACCACCGCGCCAGAUGCGGACCCUACAACCUUACGGGUAGCAGAAGUGUCGCAGACCAGCACAGUGUUGUCAGACGUUACCACCUCAACAUCAGACGAAACCCCUUCCAGCUCGAGCCCUGUACGCGAGUAA